AUCUCCUCGCAACGGGCACGCGUGCAAAAAGUAACGCAAGCGCGCGUUCCGUACUCUACAUAGAGACAGUUUAAAAAAAAAAACACUUUUGAUAGCCGAACAGUGAAUGUUUUGAUAGAAAAUUUGCAAUUUAUUGAAAAGUGAAGUUAAUUAUUUCGAUAAGGCUUAUUUUCUAUUUGCGAAUGCGGUAGAUCCCCACGUAACACAUUUCCAUGCAUCAAGAACACCAACCAGUGAGACUAUAUGCGGGGGAUUGGAUAACUAAACAUUUUCCCACGUAGGACCGGCCUUCGUGUGGAUACAGAUUUUUAGACUGCGUUCGUACUACAAGCAAAAUGCAGUUCAUACGCGCCUUUUUCAAAAGGAUCACAGAUGAUCUGAAGCAAAAAAAGCUAAUACCUCUUAAAAUACUUUUUUUCGUUCACGCUUCUACUUUGUUCGUCUUGUACCCGUACCUGACAAUACACAUGCGUGAGCUGGGCAUCAAUGUGGAAGAGACGGCCAUCAUGUCAGCCGUAACUCCGGUCGUCUCUAUAGUGAUGCCCCCACUCGCCGGCAUGCUGGCUGACAAGAUAGGAAACUUCAGGUUACUCUUAGCGGUAUCCUCUGCACUUGGCGGGGCAUCAGCUCUGUUGCUGCUGGCUGUUCCAGUGGGACGCAUCACUGUAACCUUCCCCUCUGAUGUUGACCUGCUGGCAUCCUGUGAUAGUGGUGCACUACGUCUGCAACAAGUUCGGGAUUACCCUUGUAGCCCUCUUCAUCCUUUUGCGUAUGAUGUAAACCUAACAGUGUUAUCGUGUGGUUUUGUUUGCGAAUUGCCGCAUGAAGUUUCUUCGGAAGAAACAGAGGCUAUUGUCCAUGCAAAUUCCUACGACGUGCAUUUGAAAUCACAAACUGAGUCACAGCGCCUUGUGUACCGCAACACGGUUUCCUCAUUGUUAGCUCAGAAAGAAAGGCCGAUAAGAGACCACAGCACUUCGCGGAUCAUGACUAACGAUCCAUAUUUUAACUCCACCGCUACUAAAGUGGCUGGUAAUAGAAUAUUCUUUCCGUCACCCCAACUUUAUCGAAUAGAUUGUUCCCAUGACGGAAACAAUGCGACAUGUUUAUUUGGAAGAAAGAAUUACAUCAAUGACUCUAUCGAAGAGGUAAAAGAGAUGACGACUUUCCGCAUACGAAUCACUCACGACGCCCAGAAAAAUGCUGCGGAAGUGCGUAAUUAUUGGGUGAAUGCUAUAUCUCUUAGCAACGAAACUAAAUUAGAGGAGGAUUAUGAGGAAAUUGAUCCAAUAAUGUGCAAGAAUAGUUUUGAUGAGGAGCUCAAUGGCGACAUAGUAUGGGUUAAUGCUGCCUCAAAAACCUUGAACCAGUGUUCGGUAGCAUGCGCUGCCACUGCACCUAGAAAAAGCCUUUGCGACAAUCGGCAACAGCAGAUUGAAUUGGACCCAUCGUUUACCUUCUGGGCGUACUUGGCUGUUCGUGUGUUUAUCGGAAUUAUCGGAGGCACAGCGUUCGCAAUGUUCGAGGGAGCAGUGAUUGCAAUCGUGAGGGAUCAGAGGGCAGAUUAUGGCCUUCAGAGAGUCUACGGCAGUAUAGGCGGCAUGAUUUCAUCGCCGCUCUCCGGAUUACUUAUUGACUAUGCCAGUAGAGGGAAAGGCUAUACUGAUUUCAGACCGGCUUUUUACCUGUACGCAGUUCUGAAGGUGCUCUCCGGUGUUCUGAUGCUGAGUAUCGAUCUUGAAUUCAAACAGCCAGCACAAAAUCUCCUGGAGGAUGUUAUUACAGUAUUUCGGAAUGUUGAAAUUGUGGCGCUCUUCAUUGCUUGCUUCGUUAUGGGUACCGCGUGGGGUUACAUCGAGAGCUUCCUGUUUUGGUUGCUGCAGGACCUGGGCGCUUCCCGUUCCCUGAUGGGCAUCACCAUCACGGUUGGCGGCGUAGCUGGGUUGCCUCUUCUUGUGCUCUCGGGGCCCAUCAUUAAAAAGCUUGGGCAUGCCAACGUUCUGUUUAUAGGGUUCCUCUUUUAUGCUAUCAGACUUCUUGGUUACUCGCUGAUCUACAACCCAUGGCUGUGUCUGGUAUUCGAGGCGUUAGAGUCAGUGACGUCAUCGCUGUCGUUCACGGCUGCCGUCACGUACGCGGCUCGCCUUUCUUCCACCACCACUGACACCUCCGUACAAGGACUACUGGGAGGAAUUUAUUAUGGAGUUGGCAAAGGUUCCGGUAGUCUUAUCGGAGGUUAUUUGAUGAAAUUCUUCGGUACGAGACCUACGUAUCAACUUUUCGCAGCUGCGAUGUUUGUCACCGGUUGUAUCUACUACCUCUUUAACCAGUUUUAUAUCCGAAAGAGAACUAAACUCGAUAAUAGCGACAUCUGUAAAAAGAAGCCUUCGUUAGACAUCGAAAGUCGCGACACAAGCCACGAAGUUACGAAUAAGGAGUCCGAAAAAGCAAAUACCCCGCUAGAUGUCGCUAGUAAGAAUGAAGUUAUAAAGAAUUGUAACAAUGAAACAAUUGAAGACUCAAAUAAGCUGACAGGCCCGACGCUUUUAUUAGUCCCUGAAGCCACAGAUGGCAGUAGCGACUCUGGAUUCGAUAAUCCUGCGUAUAACGAAAAUGAUACCGAAAAUGGUGCGAGAAAGAUCGAGAAACCUAUAUAGUAUUUGAAAUCAUGUGAUAAUAUUGUUUUAAUUUAAGACUACGAUUAAAUAAGCUUGAGUUAUUUCUUAGGUCUUUGUAAAUUACU